AAUUAAAAAGAAAAAAAGCAAUGUAUAGCGGACGGACGUCGUUUCGACUUUUGUAUUCCGUCAUGCAAUAAUUUUUGUCAUUCUUGAAUUCGUUAUUAAAAAGAAUUUUCGAUGUCGCCAACGUGAACAUUAUUUAGAUUGUUGUUAACCAUGAAGUGUUAGUAUUUCAUUUCGCGUAGUUCAUUUUGUAGUUCUUGAUAGGUCUGUGACAAGUACGGUAAUGGUGGCCAUGUCAUGAAAAUCCCCACAGCCAUGGAUGAUAGCUCCGUGUCUCAUCAUAACGGAGGGCAAGUGGGAUCUCAAAUCGGAGUUAGUGUAAAUAAUAAACAAAAUGAAGAAUCUAGCCAAAGUGUCCAGUAUUCAAUACCAGGCAUUUUGCAUUUUAUCCAACAUGAAUGGGCGAGAUUCGAGCUCGAGAGAUCACAAUGGGAGGUGGACAGAGCCGAAUUUGAGGCAAGGAUUGCAUUCCUUCAAGGUGAGAGAAAAGGUCAAGAAAAUCUAAAAAAUGAUCUCGUAAGGCGGAUUAAAAUGUUAGAGUAUGCACUAAAGCAGGAGCGAGCAAAGUUCCAUAAGCUCAAAUAUGGUGUAGAAUUACAACAGGGCGAUGUACGUCCUCCACCAGAGGAGCCGCCCACGGAGCCAGAGCCUGCGGAGAAGGCACAGUGGAAACAGGGCCGACAACUCAUCAAACAGUACCUCCAGGAAAUAGGCUACACAGACACGAUACUGGAUGUGCGCUCUAAUCGCGUGCGGACUCUGCUCGGCCUCAACAAUGAGGAGCAGACAGAGGACCCCAAUUAUAGAAACAAUGAUAACAAAUUCCGCGAGAGAUGCGGAGAUUCACCAAUAAACUCCUUAAUCCGCAAGUAUGACUAUGGGGGUAAGGAGCAACGUAAAGGCGGUGUAUCAACGGGUGGAGGUUACAAUGAGGAGGGCCUCUCUGUACAAGAGACUGCGGCUGUGUUUGCUAACUUCGAGUUCCUCGCCAACCAGGAGAUGGAUAUGGAUGAAAUAGACGAUCUAGAUGCAAAUAAACCACACCACGCACCACCUAAACAAGGCGAGGAGGUAGACAACGAAGCCGAGGAGGUUUUAAACGUGCUCAACUUGCUGGCAGAGAGCGAGGCCGAAGGCGGCGGACAGGGCGACGAGUGUCCAGUCGGCGUGGUGGGCGGCGGCGCGGGCGCGGCGGGCGGCGGGGAGGCGGACGAGAAGCCGCUGGCGCUGGGCGAGCUGGCGCAGCUCACGGUCAGCAACGAGCCCGAGGCGUACGACGUCUCCGGCGCCAAUAAGGAGUCCUUCCGCAAGACCUGGAACGCCAAGUACACGCUGCGCUCGCACUUCGACGGGGUUCGUGCGCUCGCUUUCCACCCGACCGAAGCGGCGUUGGUGACGGCCUCCGAGGACCACACUCUCAAGCUGUGGAACCUGCAGCGGACCGUGCAGGCCAAGAAGUCGGCCGGCCUCGACGUGGAGCCCCUAUACACGUUCCGCGCGCACACCGCGCCCGUGCUCUGUCUCGCCAUGGGCCUUCCGCGCUCCGAGGAGUGCUUCUCCGGGGGCCUCGACGGCACUAUCCGGGUCUGGAACCUGCCCCCGCCCACCGCAGACCCCUACGACCCCUACGAUCCCGCGGUACAGGGUCCGGUCCUGCGCGAGCACACGGACGCGGUGUGGUCGCUGGCGUGCGCGCACGGGCGGCUGCUGUCGGCGUCGGCGGACGGCACGGCGCGGCUGUGGGCGCCGCGCGCCGCUCGCCCGCUGCUGUGCACGCUGCGCGACGACGCCGCGCCGCACGCGCCCGCGCCCUCGCCCGCCGUCGCCGCGGACUUCGCGGACGGCGAGGCGGCCGCCGCCGUCGUCUACCGCGACGGCACCAUGCUGCUCUACGACCUCGAGACCACGCAGUCGUUCCUGCGUAUCGCGUGCGACAGCCCCGCGAACCGCAUCCGCGCGCACCCGACGCUGCCGCUACUGGUGAGCGCGCACGAGGACCGGCACAUCCGGUUCUGGGAUGUAGGUUCGGGGCGGUGCGCGCACGCGAUGGUGGCGCAUCUGGACGCCGUCACCGGCCUCGCGCUCGACCCCAACGGCCUCUUCCUGCUCUCCGGCUCGCACGACUGCUCCGUGCGCCUCUGGAACCUCGACACCAAGACCUGCGUGCAGGAGAUCACCGCCCACCGCAAGAAGUUCGACGAGAGCAUCCUCGACGUGGCCUUCCACCCGCUGCGCCCCUACAUCGCCAGCGCCGGCGCCGACGGCCUCGCCAAGGUGUUCGUCUGAGCGGACGUCGCCCCGGCGUCGCCCCGACACCCCGCCGCACCCGCCGCACCCCGCACCGCCGCCGGCCCCAACACAACCGUCACAUUACUAACGAACUGGAUUUAAAAUGCAUAUGUUUUGCUUUUUUUGUAAUUUUGACUACAGUUUUACUGUUAAUAAAGAUUUCGUAGUUUGAAAUAAUACGGUCAAGGAAUUUUGCGUAGUGGAAGAACAUUAAUUAUUUUUAUUGAAAACUUUUAGUAAUUAGGACACUUCUGAUAUUUAAAGCGUUUAUGUUAUCACGUUCUUCCAUUGAGCAAAAAUACCGUGCGAUUUAUUGAUUACGUUGCUCAAGUAUGGACGGACGAAUUUAGAUCGAUGUUGGACUCGACAGAGCACGUGCCUCAGGCAGGCAAAAGAUACUAUGUAUGUGUCUACUGUAACAUGUCACGGUUGUGCCUCGGGGAGGCAGGCAGGAGCUGCAUUGUGCGCGUGCCUCAUACAAACUGCAGUAGCACUGCACGUGCCUUGCGCAGGCAGCAGUAGCACUGCACGUGCCUCGCGCAGGCAGCAGUAGUGAUGUGCGCGCGCCUCGCGCAGGCAGCAGUAGUGAUGUGUGCGCGUCUCGCGCAGGCAGCAAUAGCGUGGUGCGCGUGUCGCAGCGGCGGGUCGCACGGAGCGCGGGCGAGCUAACACGUGUCUCGGAGCACGUGUCUAGUCCCUUCGGUACGUUUUUAACAUAUUUAAACAUUGUAAACGUUUCGGACGCGUUUAUUCGUCGCGAGCGCGUAGUGAACUCAUCUAUGUAUAGACAUUUGAAAUCUAUUAUAAUAUAUUUUUAGAUUUUCAGUAUGUGGAUUUUAGGUUUUUAUUGCGAAUUUUUCACACGACUCUAUGAUAUAAAGUGAGAUUAUUGCUCGUUUCCAUACCCUGUGCACUUUGCCAUGAGAUUUUAUGUAAACGAACAAAUAGUUCUCCCACAAUGUUCGAUCUAUCACUGAUGCCCGUAUCUGAUUUUGCAUGUGGAAAUGCUGAAAUGUUUCCAUUUUAUGUAACCAUCAAACAAACAACAGACGAUAUAUAAAUUAAAGAAACCAGAAUUACAAAAUUUAUCUACAUUUUAUUAAAUUAAGCAUAAGACCAUUAAAAAUUAACUAACAUAACGAGCUUUAAAUUUGAAUACAGCUAAAACUUAGUGUUUCAAACUAUAUAUUUAAAUUUUUAGUUGUGUACAAAUUUGGAUUUAUAAAUUUAGCUUAUUUGCAUGUUAUUUCCAUAUUGCUUGAAGUUGAAUUGCACUUAUAAAUUGUUAUAACCCGAAGCAGUAAGCGUUCGUGUACAUAGAAUCUCAUGGUGUUUUUACAUGGACUAAAUGCAUCUGUAAGCGGAUGUUUGUAAUAAAUAUUGAAUGCGAUGGCGAUGUUUCUUUGAUACGAUUCCGUUGUGUAACUGUACAGUUAGAUGUUACGCAGUAUUUGCUAAUGCAAAGAACGAAUGAAAUGGUUUCUUUAGCUCUUAUCUAUUUUUAUUUAAAUCAAUUGGAUUUACAUUAAAAUAUUUUUGUUAUAAUUUUCACAUGUACUGAAUAACACGCUCUCACGGUAUCUUAAUGUGAGCGAUCGAACAAAAUUAUGAAUGGGUAGAAAUUACUUUAUCGAAAGUAUUUAUAAGUAAUGUUUGUUCAUAACGAGUACUGCGAUGUAGAAUAUAAUAUAUAUGUAUUAUGAAACAUUACGUAUUCCUUUAUUUUCCUCGAAUUCAUACUUGUACACUUACAUCCAAAAUUGAUAGUAAAAAGCAACAUAACCGAAA